AUGGGGAACUCGUAUGCGGGCCAGCUGCGGACCACACGCCUCGAAGACGUUCUGCAUAACUUCAUCGAGUCAUCGCUGCGGUCAAACACCGUGGUGCCCCGACCCGUCUUCUCACAGCUGUACCUCGAGACAGAGCAGUCCGCAGCCCAUGAUGGUCGGGUAGAGAAUGAUGAUGAUGACGAUGAAGAUGGCUCCGAGUCUAACAGCCCUCCAGUUCCCUACCAGAUGAAGCCCCCGCCAGAAGGAUGCUGCACCACAGAUGGGUUCUGCCAGGCGGGUCGGGACCUGCGUCUGUCCUCCCUGGCGUCGGACAACCUAGAUGUGCCUCCUGGGUUCCUGUUGGUGGGGGUCAAGUCCCCCUCCCUCCCUGACGCGCUGCUGGUGUGCGCCGUGGACCGCCGCUUCCUGCCAGACGAACGAGGACGCAAUGCACUGCUGGGCUUCUCGGGGAACUGCAUGGGCUGCGGGGAGAAGGACUUCCGCUAUUUCACCGAGUUCUCCAACCACAUUAACCUGAAGCUCAGCACCCAGCCCAAAAAGCAGAAGCACUUGAAGUACCAUCUGUACCGAAACAACCAGGGCGUGCUGGUCAAAGGAGCUCCCAUCUGCUGGAGGGGACAUGAUGGAAGAGUGAGGCAGAUGGGGUCUAGCCUCUCAGAAGGGCAUGUGACAUCAGAUGAACACCUGCCCAACUUGGCUUUGACCACUCACCCUGCACACACACCUGGCAGCUACACAGUGGGAUCGCAUGCGGACCCCAUAGGUCCACCGCACAUGGUCGAUGUCCCACCCCCCCUGACAAACGGCAGCCAUACUGUUCCCCCCAUCAGCCAGCCAUCUUUAAAUCACUCAGGACCUGGGAGACCUUCCACAAUCGGGCCCCAUGUGAAUGCUGGGCCCCCUAAAAAGAGACACAAAGGCUGGUCCCCUGAAUCGUCUGCCUCUGCUGUGCCAGAGAACAUCAUGAAGACGCCGCCAACUUCAUCAUCUUCAUCAGCGUUACCACUGUCGUUACCUUCUGUCACGCCAAACGGAAACAGAUUAGAAGCUACAGCCCCAGCGAGUGUGUCCCAAGGGUCUUUAACCCCACAGUCCCCCCUGGAGCUGUCUGUAACAGUGCCUGAUCAGCUGCUGACCACCUGCAGACUACAACCUGUCAUUUUCAAAGGCCAUGGCUCUUUACCCCAGCUGACUGGCAAUGUCAGUGAUGUGCUGGUCAGUUCUCUGCUGCAGAGCUGCUACCUCAGCUCCCAGACGCUCCCCAGAGUCUACCAGCACUACGGACCCUCACCCAUCCAGCCGCUGUCCACCGAGAUGCAGAUUCUGCUCACUGUCUACUAUCUGGUUCAGCUUGGCCCAGACCAAGUGCCGCUGAUCGAGGACUUGGAGCAGAUAUUCAUGAGGUCCUGGAGGGAGUCCCACCUCAGUGAGAUCAGGCAGUACCAGCAGCCCCAGACACCCGCCGCCCCCGGGAGGCACUACGGCAUAGAGCCCUCCUCCACCCUGCCAGGGCUCCCCCAGCAUCUCUCCCUGCCUCCCCAGAGCCAGCAGCCCCUGACUCCCAGCCAGCUCCCUUGGCUCGCCCAGCUGGCUGCCUCCUCCUGUGGGGAGGGGGUGCUGGUUCUCGGGGAGCAGCUUGGAUCUUUGGCUCAGGGCCUGAACCAAACCUUUAGCAGGCUGAUGGAGGGGCGGCUGCUCAACACCAACUACGUCGUCGUCAUUGUCACCGCACCAGGGCAAGAAACACAAUCCUGCGUGGUCGUCACAGGUAAACACCAGUGCCGUGCCCUGGCAGAAAGCAUGUAUUCUCCCAGUGAGGGUCUGAGAGAAUUCAACCACCAGCUUUCCUCUGGCCUCGCCCAGGAGCUCAACCAGUACUGCAAUUCCCUCGGACCAGAUGGCGAUGUGGAGUCCCUGCUGGAUAACGCCGCUGUGGACAGCAGCCAGUCGUCUCCUCUAUCCAGCAGUCAGGAAUCAGCUGAGGAGAGGAGUCCCAAGAACACACACAGUCCCAAAAACACACACAGUCCCAAAGACACACACAGUCCUACGAAUUCAAACACACACUGUUCAAAAGACUCACCCAGCCGAAAAGAUGGGUGCACAUCGAGCCCCAAAGACAGAACUCCCAGUCCAAAGGACACCUGUUCAGAAUACCGGGUGGAGUGGUGUGAGGUGCGUCCCAUCCAGCUGGCAGUGGCCAGGAAACUGCUGUCCCAUGUGUGUGCUAUAGCCGACUCCAGCACACAGAACCUCGACCUGGGCUCCUUCGACCGGGUCAGCUUCCUCAUCCUGGUCCCGCCCUCCAAGGUCACGUUUCAACAGACCGUUCUACACCUUUGGAGCUCCGGUGUCCUUCAGGAGCUUGGAGGUGUAGACCAGGACUGUGUUUCUCAGAGGGAGGCUGAGCAUUAUGUGGUGAAGAUGGAUCAGACUGCUCAGGCGCGCAUCGAUGAAUUCAUCCAGGAGGCACACAUCAACACUUACACGCUGUACAUCCUGGUACACGACCACGCCCACUGGGACAUUAGCAGCGCUGCCUGCAGCAGCCCAGACAGCGGCCUGGGUCUGGUGGACCAGCUGUUGAACUCCAGACAGGUCAGAGAGGCUCCAAACAUCCUGACUCUCCACGUCACCUCGUUCCCCUUCGCUCUGCAGACACAGUACACCCGCAUCAGCCCUUACAACGAGAUCCACUGGCCUUCUGCCUUCAGCAACGACGUGGACCUGUACCACGAGAAGACACGGUACUUUGGUGUGUCAGAGCUUUUAGAGUCAACCCGUUCAGGGAGCAGCCUGCCUCUGAUGCGAUACGACUCCUCCUUUGAAAGCAUGGCAUCUGUGCUGGAAGAGAGGUUCCCUAAACUCCACAGCGCUGUAAUCCGCACCACAGUUCUGAUCCAACACUACUGCGUAGCUCUGAUGGCCGCGUCCGGCAGAUUUAAAGGCUCCCACCACGAUCUCCACAAACACACCUCCGUGGAGACCCUGGAGAUCGUCCAGUCCCUGCUCACGGCCGCUCAGAGAUGCCCGGCCCACCACGGUCACAUGGUGCUGCUGCGGAUCCCCUCGUUAGCUCUGGCGACGUGGGCCCACCGACGACUGUCCAACGUGAGGAGGCGGUUGGGUCUGGAGGAGAGUUUUGAAAUCAUCCUAGGAAAUCCCAGCCAAGCUCUGAGCAUCGGACAGAGAUUUACUGAGCAGCUCAAGACGUGGCUAAAGGUCCAGGAUGCUGACUGGGUUCCUCGCACCUACCUGGAGCUGGAGGCCCUGCCCUGCAUCCUCAUCCUGUCAGGAGCCGAACCACUGGGAGAGUCCCUGCCGAGGUCAUUGAAGUACUGUGACCUGCGGGUGAUAAGCUCCUCCUACCUCCAGCGUACGACACUUGAGCAAGAGCUGGGAUUGGCGGCUUACCUGGUGAGGGCGGAGUCACGGCCACCACACAACACCGGCUCAGGAAGUGACCUGCUGGAGAGCGACGCAGACAAACUCAGCAGCACUGACAACGAGGAGGAGGAUGGGCAGGAAAACGGAGACUCUCCUCCGUCGUCCAGCCAGCCCCUCCAGUCCUGCCCGGACGGUGGAGGCUUAGACCCCUCCCCUGGACACAGCACCACCUUUCCUAAUACCCAGAGAGCAGCCAUGGAUGCCAGCUCAUCCCAGACCCAAAUACAGUCUCCCUCGCAGUCUCAGUCUCAGCUCCAGCCCGAGCCGUUAUCCCAGUCUCUUCCGUACCCUCAGCCCACACCCCAGCACCAGCUACAAACCCAGCCUCAAACUCAAAUUUUUUGCCAGCCCCAACCCGUCUCACAACCCCAAGCCCAACCCCAACCUCAGAGUCAAGUUCACCCACAGCCUUUAUCUCACGCCGCUUCCCAGCCUUACCCUCUCUCUCAAACACUCUCCCAAUACCAGCCACAAAUACUCCCCCACCCUCAGCCUCAUCCUCAAGCUCCUCCACCUCCUCCUUCUCAUCGCCGGCCGUCUAAAUCUACCUCCUCUGACUCCCUGUCCCCCCGCGCCUCCUCUCCUCAUCAGAGCUGCUCCUGGGCGCGAGGGGUGAGUCGCCCGCCCUCCGUGCUCCUCCCUCGCGUCCUCUACGACAUCAUCACGGCCAGCGACAGCAGCGGGCUUCCGCGCUGUACGUCCUUCCUGCCGCACAUGUCUGUCGCCUGGGCGAGUAGCUUCAGGCCCUUGCUGAGUAAGAUGAUGACGUGCACGGAGCAGUCGCUCUACUACCGCCAGUGGACUGUUCCCCGGUCCUACCACAUGGACAGCAACAAUCGUACUGAGGGACGCAGCGACAACUUUCACCCCCGCAGGUUACUGCUCAGUGGACCUGGCCAGGUGGGUAAGACAGGAGCGUACCUCCACUUCCUGGGUAUUCUGUCUCGGAUGCUGAUCAGGCUGAUGGAAGUGGACAUCUAUGAUGAAGAGGACAUCAACUACAGUGCCCAGCUGGAGGGGGUGCAAUACCACCCACUGAGUGCCCCCUGGCCCAAACCAGACAUUAUGAGGACCUUGCCCUUUGACUACACCAUCCAUGACCCCAAAUAUGAUGACAUCAGCACUGUCUAUUGCCCUGGUCAUAAACCCUGUGCUGAGGGAAACCCCGUGCGUCAGGAGGAUGUGUACCUUCGCAGGCGGACAUCUAGGAUCAAGCUGUCUAAAUAUGCAGCUUACAACACCUACCAUCACUGUGAACAGUGUCACCAAUACAUGGGCUUUAACCCCAGAUACCAGAUGUAUGAGUCGACACUGCAUGCCUUCACCUUCUCCCAUCUCUUGCUUGGGGAAGAAAUCCAGCUCUACUUCAUCAUUCCCAAGUCUAAAGAGCACUACUUCAGCUUCAGCCAACCAGGCGGACAGCUGGAGAGCAUGAGACUGCCCCUCACGUCUGAUUGGAGCCCAGACUGCAUCAAGAGCCCCAUCUUCACCCCGACCACAGGUCGUCACGAGCACGGCCUGUUUAACCUGUACCACGCAAUGGACGGAGCCUCACAUCUGCACAUCCUGGUGGUCAAAGAGUAUGAGAUGGCCGUCUAUAAGAAGUACUGGCCCAACCACAUCAUGCUGGUGCUGCCGACUGUCUUCAAUGGAGCUGGGAUAGGUGCUGCCCACUUCCUGAUUAAAGAGCUGUCCUAUCACAACCUGGAGCUGGAGCGGAGUCGUCGGCUGGAGGGAGGGGGGCCCGCGGGCGAUGUCUGGCCCUUCAUAAUCCUGGCAGAUGACUCGUGUGUUAUGUGGAACGCAGUCGACCUUGAUGCACGCAGUGGUCCAGUGGAGCGCGCCGUGUCUCUGAAGCAGGUCUUACAGCACAUGGAGGCCUGUCCAGACCUGGCUCACUACGGGCUCUGCGGGAUCAGAAAGUGGAGCAGCCGUGGACUCAGAGGAAAUAGACCGAGAGAGCCCUUCUCCAGAGGUCACCUCCACGACUUCCUCCUCCUCAAUGUGGACCUCAGUCAGAACGUCCAGUACGACCAGAACCGCUUCACCUGCCACGACGUGGACUUCACCCUGCGGCUGCACAGCGCCGGGCUGCUCGUCUGCCGCUUCAACAACUUCAGUGUCAUGAAGAAGCAGAUCGCCAUCGGAGGAUACAGGACGUUUAUCAUCAAGACCAAGAUGACCGAUGUUCCCACCUCAGUGGGGCCCUCGCAGUACGUCUGUGCCCCAGACAGCAAGCACCUUUUCUUGGCUACACCCGCCCAGCUCCUCCUGGAGAAAUACCUGCAACACACCAGCCAGAGACUGUUUCCACUGAGCACCAAAAACUACACACACCCCGUGCUGUCUGUGGACUGCUACCUCAACCUGGGACCUGAGGUGACGGUGUGUUUUGUGAGCUCCAGGCCACACUCCAUCAACAUCAGCACCACAGGGCUGCUGUUCAGUGGCCUCCUCCUCUGCUUCUCUGACUCCUUCGUCACACCCGGCUUCCUCAAGAAGUUCACCUUCCUCAAAGGAGCGACUCUGUGUGUCAUCAGUGCAGAUCGUAGCUCCUUGAGGCAGACAGUGGGCAGGCUGGAGCUGGAGGAGGAGUGGAGGUUCAGGCUGAGCGAUGAAUUCCAGACUGCUAAUGCCAAGGAGGACCGACCGCUCUUCUUCCUCACUGGGAAGCACAUUUGAUCCGCACACAACAAGAAAGAAUAACAGUCACAAUCACUUUAUCCACCAAAUGCAUUAAAUCUACUGGGAUAUGUCUCUCUGGCGUCCACAGUGGCACAAUACAUACUGAUGAUGUGGGACAAAGACCUCGAAUACAGUGCAACUGGACAAUGCUUGACACAUUUUGACAAAAAUAGACUUACUAUUUCACAAUUUCAGGUGCUGCCUUUAUGCCUCUGGGUAGGUUUACAAUUGUCGAUUUUAAAAUGCAUGGUUUAUGUCAAGUACUGUAUGCAUUGCAAUACCCCAAUCAUCUGCAAAUUUCCUUGCAAAUGCACAAAAUCUAAGAAACGUUACACAGGGAGUGCACACAAUCUUUCGUAUGGUGCAGUAGCCAACUUUUGGCAAUGAACAGUUUUAUAGAGUUAUUUUUUGUAGAGGUUUGUUUUGCAUGUACCUGU